AGACGGAAGUGGCGCCGCUAAGGGCGGGACAACAUGGCGGCGCUGGCUGUGGCGGCGGCUAGGCCUUGGUGGCGGCUGGUGCCCGCGGCGCUGUGGGAGCGGCCGCACCGUCUGCGGCACAACCAGCAGCUCGGCGGGCCCGACCAGCCCAUACACAUGGAGAACCCCUAUAAAGACCCUCCUAAAAGAUGUGUCUUGUGUGGAACAAAUGUGGACUACAAGAAUGUGCAGCUUCUUUCCCAGUUUGUUUCUCCGCAUACUGGCUGCAUUUAUGGCAGGCAUAUAACAGGCUUGUGCAACAAGAAGCAGAAGGAAAUUACAAAAGCCAUUAAAAGAGCUCAUGUGUUAGGAUUUAUGCCAGUCAUGUUUAAGAACCCAUCAUUUCUCACAGACCCCAAGAUAUGUAAUAUCAAGUAUCCAGAGUAACAUACUAUUAAAAAACAAAACCAAAC